AUGGGGACUCCUCCGGCCCAGAUCUCGCGUAUCUGCUCCGACCCCAUCUCGCCCAAGAUUCCGCACCCGAAUCCGACCCGUCUUCCCUCCAACAUCCCACUCCGAACACUCAGCGUGCACAACGAGCGGCGUCCUCGGCAGAGUCAAGAGCAACACUCUUCGCUGCUUCCGUCGCACCGGCAUCGACACCCGGUGGAUGAAUCCGGUUACUCCGACUCUGAAGACGACGGUUCCGACGAAUCUUCCUGGGCUGACACGGGCGACAUUGCCGAGCAGCUCGGCGAGGAAGAUCCGUUGCGCGAGCAGGUAAAGGCAAACGGGACCCUCGACGACGACGACACAUUAGCCGGCGUAUUCAAGCGCCACCCGAAACAUCACCGUCACCAAAAGCGAGUCAGGUACCGAGAGCCGCUGUCCUCGGCGAGCAGCAGGUCCACCUCUCGACACGGAGGUCUCGUUGAUAAAGAAGCCAUCCAUAUCCCUAGCGUCGACCCUCAGAAGCCGUCUAGGGCGGAACGCCUGCUAGCCGCCAUCAUGACGGGCGGUUCGAGUUCCAUCCAUGGCCUGACGGGCAAGCCAUUACUGUACUUCACUUCUAUCUUUGUGUCUUUAGGCGUCUUCCUGUUCGGAUAUGACCAGGGUGUUAUGUCGGGUAUUCUUAUCGGUGAUUAUUUUAGAGAGUAUUUCCACCACCCGUCACCUGUGCAGAUUGCGACCAUGGUCGCCAUUCUCGAGGUUGGCGCUUUCAUUUCUUCUCUCAUGGUCGGCAGGAUUGGAGAUAUCAUUGGUCGGAGGAGGACGAUCUUCUACGGAUCCUGCGUCUUCGUCGUUGGCGGUGCUCUGCAAACUUUUGCAAAGGACAUGGCCAUGAUGAUGACGGGCAGAGUCCUGGCUGGUCUGGGUGUUGGGAUGCUCUCAACCAUCGUUCCCGUCUACCAAUCCGAAAUAUCCCCGCCCCAUAACCGGGGACAGCUCGCCUGCAUCGAGUUCACGGGGAACAUUAUUGGGUAUGCGACCUCUGUUUGGGUGGACUACUUCUGUGGCUUUAUUAAGGGCAACUUGUCCUGGCGCCUGCCAUUGUUGAUGCAGUGCAUCAUGGGCGCACUACUUGGCCUUGGAAGUUUGAUAAUCGUGGAAUCGCCCAGAUGGCUACUUGACAACGACCAUGACGAAGAGGGCAUUGUGGUCAUUGCCAACCUCUACGGCGGCGGUGACAUCCACAAUCCGCGUGCCCGGGAUGAGUUCCGUGAGAUCAAGAUGAACGUCCUCUUGCACCGGCAAGAAGGUGAGCGCACCUACAGCGAGAUGUUCAAGCGUUAUGGCCGGCGGGUCUUCAUUGCCAUGUCGGCGCAGGCGUUGGCUCAGCUCAACGGCAUCAAUGUCAUUUCGUACUACGCCCCUUACGUUUUCGAGAAAGCCGGCUGGGUGGGUCACGACGCAGUGCUGAUGGCGGGGAUCAAUGGUAUCACAUAUGUCUUGUCGACCAUCCCGCCGUGGUACGUCAUAGACCGAUGGGGACGUCGGCCGAUUCUGCUGUCGGGAGCCAUAGCCAUGGUGACUUCGCUUUCGCUGAUUUCAUAUGUUUUGUACCUCAACAUCCCGUCUACGCCGAAGUUGGUCGUCAUUCUCGUCAUGAUCUACAACGCCGCGUUCGGGUAUUCGUGGGGUCCGGUCCCAUGGCUCUAUCCUCCGGAAAUCCUCCCGCUCAAGAUUCGGUCCAAGGGUGCCAGUCUGUCGACGGCCACCAACUGGGCGUUCAACUGGCUGGUUGGCGAGAUGACGCCCAUCCUUCAGGAGUGGAUUGCCUGGCGACUGUAUCUUUUGCAUGCAUUCUUCUGCGCUGUCAGUUUCGUUGUUGUAUACUUCUUAUAUCCCGAGACACGCGGCGUCCGUCUCGAGGACAUGGACGCCCUCUUUGGCGACUCUACGCGGGCUCUGGGCACCCCGUCCGCGGCCACUCCAACCGUGCAUGCCGAGUCGGAUGCGCUGCUACGCCCGGCGUCGCCUAUACCGCCGCUCAAUAUCAGGAACCGUUCUCCAAUGAGAGCGGCGAACGCGGCCAUUCCCGGUCUUAACAUCAACCCGCCGGAUGAUGUCGAAGCUGACCGCAAGCCGCGCGAAGCUAAUAAGAGCCCUGGCGCGCAGGCCGACGGUGGGGUUGGUGGCUUUUUCUCGAGGCUUAUGGGCCGUGGCCGUGCUGGUGGGUCAAGUAGGGUUGGGCAGUAUGCGCCGGUUGAGCAGCGCGAAGAUUGA